CACAUCGAUGGAACAUUGACAAGGCAAGACUAUCAUCAGUAUAACACAUAUAUCCUGUUAGAUUAAAAUAGCCUAGUAUAUAUUUAGAUGAGUGCCUUUGACCAUGAAUCUCAUUGUAAAGUAAUAUUCUAUAUGUAAUAAUAAUGUAGUUUCUGUCUGGAGAUACCAGGCACAAAUGGUGUCUGUAUGAUUAUAUGAGAGGUUUUUAUAGACACAGGUCAGUAAAGAGCGCAAGAUAGUCCGUCCUAGCGGAACCGGACACCCUCGGUCUGUCUGUCUGGUUCCGGUCAGGAAUCGCAGUAAACCCGAAUGAAAAUGGCGUCCGCCGGUCCACCCGACACGGGCUUAUCUGCCCCUCCAGGGUCCAGUGGAGUUCGAAAGAUGACUGCAACAGAGAGUAUGAAGAAGACCAUCGGUCACCGGGGAGUUGACCCCACAGGAGAAACCACUUACAAAAAGACGCCCUCCUCUGCCCUAAAAGGUGCCAUUCAGCUUGGCAUCACGCACACAGUGGGCAGCCUCAGUCAGAAAGCCGAGAGAGAUGUCCUCAUGCAGGACUUUUACGUAGUGGAAAGCAUCUUCUUUCCCAGUGAAGGAAGUAAUUUGACUCCAGCACAUCACCAUGGUGACUUCAGGUUUAAGACCUAUGCCCCUAUUGCCUUCCGCUACUUCAGAGAACUCUUUGGCAUUCGACCUGACGACUAUUUGUACUCUCUGUGUAAUGAUCCCUUAAUUGAACUGUCUAACCCUGGAGCAAGCGGAUCGAUAUUUUAUGUCACUAGCGAUGAUGAGUUCAUCAUUAAAACAGUGCAGCACAAGGAGGCAGAAUUCUUGCAGAAACUUCUUCCCGGAUACUUCAUGAAUCUGAAUCAGAACAAGAGGACAUUGCUUCCAAAGUUUUACGGCUUGUAUUGCGUGCAGUCGGGUGGAAAGAAUAUCCGUAUCGUGGUAAUGAAUAACCUUUUGCCGCGCAGUGUGCCUAUGCACCUCAAAUAUGACAUGAAGGGUUCCACAUACAAACGACGUGCCUCCCCUAAAGAGAGAGAAAAGGUCAUCCCCACAUACAAAGACCUGGACUUCAUCCAGGACAUGCCCGAGGGCAUCCAACUAGAACCUGACAACUACAGCGCCCUCUGCAAAACCAUUCAGCGAGACUGCCUGCUGCUGCAGAGCUUUAAGAUUAUGGACUACAGUCUGCUGGUGGGGAUCCAUAACCCGAAUCAGGCGUCUCGUGAAAGGACGGGUGUGGUGGAGGGCGGAGUGUCAGACGGGGCCGUGACACCGGACCACAGGAGACCGCAGGCGCAGAAAGCUCUAUAUAGCACAGCCAUGGAGUCCAUACAGGGAGAGGCCAAAGGGAAAGGAACACUGGAAACAGAGGACCAGUGGGGAGGAAUCCCAGCACGCAACAGUAAAGGAGAGAGGAUUCUGGUUUAUAUUGGGAUCAUCGAUAUCCUGCAGUCAUACAGAUUUAUUAAAAAAAUAGAGCAUUCCUGGAAGGCCUUGGUCCACGAUGGGGACACAGUCUCUGUGCAUCGGCCAGGAUUCUAUGCUGAGAGAUUCCAGCGUUUCAUGUGCAACACAGUUUUUAAGAAAACACUAAAGUCAUCCCCCUCAAAGAAGAGUCGAGGAGGCUGUUCUAGUGUUGUGAGACGGCUUCCCAUGGGAUGCGCUGCUCCCGCACCCAGUGGACAGGUGGUCACUGAUGCCAGCCUUGUGUACUGUACACAUCUUAACCAGGCUGAUACAGAAGGAGAGAGCAGUUUGCAGUCUGGCAGACCUGACCUGCUCCAACGGGCGGAUCAUUUGGCUGCAAGCUCCAGUGAGUUUGCAGAGACAAAUCUGUCCAACUUCUCACUGGGCAGCACAGGAAUGACCUCAUCAUCGCCUCCUACAAGGUCAGUAGGAGUUGAGGUGCACAAAUCUGCAAUCAUAGAGCCUGACAACAGCACCCCCUACAGCAUGGGAGCUGAAUACUUAGAUGAGCAGUUAAGCAAUGAAGACGCCAUUUCACUUAAAGACAUCAUCCCAGAAACUGACAUUUGUUUUUAAGAGCAGAGCUGACUGAUGACAGAGGAGAAUUUGAAAAGAAGAGACGAGGGCACAGAAACGAUGAUAGGCGCCUCAGCGCUGGUAUGAAGGGGUUUUUCUCUGAAUGGGAGCUUUGUAAAGAACUCCAAGUGCUCAGCACAAGAGAUAAUGAGAUGGAUUUUGUAGAAGAGUGAGAGGGAGAAGGAAUGAAGAGAAAGCCGAAGAUAAGAUGGGUAUUGUGGAUUUCCUCUCUUUUUCUCUCACUGCUCAGGAGAUGCUGCUAAAAAUCAGUUUUAACCACAAACUUUAAAAAGAAUCAUGAGAAAUUAUGUUAGUUCUCAGUCUCACAUUUACCACACUUGCUCUCAAAACAGCAAGCAGAAAUGCUCAAACUCAUUUUCUUAGCAUAGUGCUGGGAGAACACAUACCCACACACACAAACAUGCAGUUAGUCAGCACCACUUUAUAUUAUUGUGAAUUUGGAGGUUUUAUUCAGGAUUUAUGUUGCAUAAAUCUUUAUUAGCAUAGAUCCUUAUUUUUAUAGGUCUUUUAGCCUUUAGAUUUCCUCUGAACUGGUGUGUCUUGAAUUAAUGGCUGCUAGCACUCCAGUUUAUUUAUCUCAGAACACAACAUUUGCAUUAUGCCGUGAUGUUGUGGGUGUGGGCAGAUAAGCAGAACACAUUUUUCUUCAGUCAUGCCUAUAUACAGUAUAUAAAAUAAUAAUGAUUUUUUUUUUUUUUUUUUUUUCCCACUUUGAGUAAAACUGGUAAGGGCAUCUUAUUGGUGGGGUUUUCCAGCUCUUUCUGUAUUGAGACAGCAUUUGCCCUGAAAUAGACAAAAAAAAAAAGGUCUAAAAAUGAUUCCCACUUUGUUGCAUUGAAAUGUUAAAACUAUAUAUCUUAUACAAUAGAGUAUAUUCUAUAAAGGCCUCAUUGUGGCCUAGAAUUUUAUGGUUUGGCAUCACUGUUACUUCCAUGACUGCCUUCUCUGUGUUCUCUGUGUAUUUAAGGUGCCACUCAGUUGAUUGUUAUUUUGUGUUGAGCUUUUCUUCUUCAUUUGCCUGGAUUUGCCUUUGCAUCUCAAUGCAUCUUGUUUUUUGAGUUAUUUUCUUUCUCUGCCAAUGAUAAGCUGCCCCUCCACAUUUGGACCAAUUAACUUUCAAGGUAGAGACCAUCUUGCAUUGCAUACUUUUCUCUUUUUAAUGCAUACUGCUGCCAUGCCAAGGCGAAAUAUUCAUGUACUGUAUUUUUGUAAAUAGUUCUGUAAGUAAUUAUUCAUUCUGUGUUCCUGUAUGUGUUAUAAAAUGCUAAUAGUGUGCUCCUAUAGCACAGCAGCUGUUGUCUUUUAAAUAACGCUUAAUGAGUUGACUAAUUGAUGUGCCAUUACGUCUUCCAAUUAUCUGCCUUAAUGCAGCUCUUGAUAGCAGUACUUUGGUAAGAAAACUCUCAUUUCUGCUGGAUACAGAAAUUGCAUGGCCUCCAAACACACGGACUAACAUGGGUGUGCAUGAGGUCACUUCAGAUGAACAUGCUACAGAUUAUUUUUUUUUUCUGCAAUACAUGUUUAUUUUUUCUAGUUACUAAUCAUUUCAUACUAAAGCUUUUUUCUGGCAUUACACAAUCCUAUAAUGUGUAGAGAAGACUGACAAGACUUUUAAGCAAUUUGAAUUUCAGUAAUGUGAGCUGAAAUUACAUUUUAAUGAGUUGGAUCUGUAGAUGAGAAAUUUUGAGAAACUUCUCAACUGAAUACCAAUUGACAGCACACAACAUGUUUUUUAACUACAGAAACUUUCCUAGUUACAGUUUGACUCACCUUGAAAAUAAACCAAUUAUUUGAAUGAACUGAGUGAAGAAACAUGGAAGACAGUGGACACUAAAAAGGCACAUGUGAACAUUUUAGUUAACAAAGGAGCUGGAAAGGAAACCAAGGAGUCUUUUGCCUAGUAUGAGCUCUCUGAUAAAUCCACCUUCCCAUUAUCUGAACAAUACAGCUUCUGUUUCUCAUCCUCUUCAAUCAUGAACAGAGGAAGUAGUUUUUAAUGGGGCCCAUUUUGUGACAGGCAUUACUUCCACUUUCUUAAGUGCCCAACCACGCAUUUCUUGUUGGCCUGGAUAUCUCUGCCACACAGAUCUGAGACUGUGUAGUUUUGAAGUAUUUAGAAGAAUAGCUGACAGUAAUGGACUGAACAAUGGAGUCUUGAACAAUACUUCUGUGUUGUCCCUAUUGAAGACAGUUGAUCAUCUCUUAUAAACAGUAGUGUGGGACUGAAGUCAUCUUUUGCCAAGGAUUUGCACUUGCGUAAAGAGAAGUUUUCAUGCAGGUAGAAAAUGCACCUGAAGAACAUUAACAGUCUUUCCCAAGACUGUUAUUGAUGAAAGUACAGAAUAGCUUUCUGUCUUCACAGUGGAUGCAGUAUUUAUGCACAUUCAAGUUGUUGUUGUUUUUUUUUUAAAAUGUUUUUUAAGUAUGUUAAAAAUCAAAUUGUAGAAUUUACAGAAAGAAGUCAAUCGGUUUUAUGAUGAAGUAACAGCAAAAUUUGGUUUUGUUUGGUCAAGUGGGUCAAUUUAUUUAUUGUUUGCCUUGCUCCGUUGGUUUGGAUCAUUUCAGUGUCUUUUAUUUUAUUUUUAUUUUUUUUCAUUUUGUAAUUCAAGUCUUUGUCAGAUGUCUCACAUUAAAUCUUGUUAUGGAACAUUUUGAUCAUCCACCUUAAUGCUGCACAAAACUUAAUACGGCUGGUGAUAAUAGCAAAAAUUGUCUACCCCACAGCUAGUUUGGUUCAUUUAAUACUAUAUCUGAACUACUAGUUGUCCUCUGCAAUUGUACAUUUAAGGAUUUGUAUCAAUGUUUAUUUUGCCACUGAUCUUACAAACAGAAAUAUAUGCAAUUAAAGGGAAUAUUCCGGGUUCAAUACAAGUUCAGUCGAUAGCAUUUGUGGCUAUCGCAAAAAAAUUAUUUUGACUUUUCACUCCUUUAUAAGCAAAAAUCUGGGUUCCAGUGAGGCACUUACAAUGGAAGUGAAUGGGGCCAAUCUGUAAAUGUUAAAAUACUCACUGUUUCAAAAUGAUAGUCACUAGACAUAAUAUGCGUGUAAUAAAAUUGCUUACUAACCUUUUCUAUGUAAAGUUAUAGCAAAUUUGACUAUGUUGCCAUGAAUAAAAAGAUAUAUUUUAACCAUGAUGAUUUAAACAAUGUUACAGCUCAAAUGAUACAUGAGUUUUAACAGAAGAAUUAAUGUAAGUGCUUUUAUAAAAUUAUAAGCUUCACAUUUUUGCCUUUAAACCCUCCAAAAAUUGGCCCAAUUCACUUCCAUUGUAAAAGAUUUGAUUUUUAUUAACAGUACCCAAAUUAACAACUUUAACAUUGCAAGUUUACAGUAGAGUAGUAGAGUUCCCCUCUUUGUUGAAGGUUGUGAUGAAACCAAAUCACUUUUAUAAAAAUGGCCUAAAAGUGCACAUGGUUGUAAUAAUUUCUCUUUUCAACCAUGUGGCAUUUGUCUUUUAUCUGCUCUGUAAAAUGCCUGUUUCAAUGCUUUUUAAGACCUUUUUCAAAUUAAGUUGAUUUAAGGUUCUGUGGAUACGUAGCAAAAACUGAUCUUGGAUCACCUCUCAGUGGCUCGGUUUCAUUCGGUUGGUUUGUGGGGUAGAUUUUUGCAUGGGUAGAAAUCUAAGCACACCAGUAUGGAGUCAGUUUUUAGUCCAGAUUUUUAUCCUUCACAAUUCAGACCUCACUCUUAUUCCUGUUUCUGUGUGAUAUGUUUUUUGUUAUUUAUAUCUAACCGUGUAAACGCAACCCAUGUUUCUGAUCUCAAGAUGACAAGAAUCACUGCCCUCUGACCAAAACUCACUAUAGAGCCAUAUCUAUUUUUUCAUGAGCUAGAAAUGUGUUUGUCUUGCUAGGCUUCUGCUCCUCUAAAACCACACUAAACAUCUUUACUCACCCAGUAUAUUGUCUCACUUCUACAGUGGUCCCAAAACUGACACUGAAAUUGAAAACUGAAAGGGAACUCUAAUGCAUUGAGCAGUCAAACAGAUGGUCAUUCUUCAUAUGCUUUAGCCCCUGUAGGACUUUGCCCAGUGUUUUGUAACUUUGAGAAGAUUUGUUUUGAUUAGUAACCAUAGUGAAACUAAGAAAUGCAUAAGACACAUCAGUCGUGCACAGUGGACACAGUAUCAAAUGCUGAUAAUACAGACAUGAAACAGACAACCAACCCAUUUCAAUUUAAAUGUUUCUGCCAACAUAUUUCAGUGAUUGUAUUUAUUAAGAAAUGUCUUGUUGUUUUCUUUCUCGUGUUUACCUUGUUUGCAUGUAUGAAUUUUGAAUGCUUUAUGUAUACGUAGAUGAUUGUAUUAUGUAAUCUGGCAGAAAGUAAUUUCUGUAAUCUAAGUAGUGUGUACAGUACUGUGCAAAAGUUUUAGGCACUUGUGGAAAAUGUUGCAUAGUGAGGAUGUCUUCAAAAAUAAUGCCAGAAAUAGUUUUCAUUUAUCACUUAAUGUCAUACAAAGUCCAGUAAACAUAAAGCUAAAUCAAUAUUCGGUGUGACCACCUUUGCCUUUAAAACAGCACCAAUUCUCCUAGGUACACCUGGACACAGUUUUUCUAGGUUGUUGGCAGAUAGGAUGUACCAAGCUUCUUGGAGAAUUCGCCACAGUUUUUCUAUCUAUUUAGGCUGUCUCAAUUGCUCCUGUCUCUUUAUGUAAUCUCAGACUGACACGAUGUUCAGUGGGGGGCUUUGUGGGGGACAUGACAUCUGUUGCAGGGCUCCCUGUUCUUCUAUUCUAAUCUUUUCUAUUUGCAGAAGUAAUGUUUGGGACAUUUAUAUUUCCUAUUGACACACUAAAGCUGAAGAUAUAAAUACCAUUUUAAGACAAAUGUUUUUGUGAAACAUCUUAUGUGCGUAAGACUUUUGCACAGGACUGUAUUUUAUUUUGGGUGGGAGGGAAGCGCUUGACAAUAUAAACUUUUUUUUAAAUUUUUUGUUUAAGAUGUGUUUAUGGUUAAUGUUCCUAUUCUUUAUAAAUCUGUGACAGCUUUUCAGCUUUUCUACAUGUGAAUGUUGAGUGGUGUCAGGAACAAUGACUUAUGACUAUAUUUUUACUGGGCCUGUAUAAAAUGUGUACAUAAUAUGUAUAUAAGCAAGUCACGGAAAUGCCUUUUUUCUCGCGUGGUGUUUCCAGCCGGUUUCUUCUACCAUCUUUCAGUAAUGUGGUGGUAGUGUUUUUUUUCACAUUGCCAUUCUGAAAAACAAAAUAAAAAUAAAAUAUUUUCCAAA